AUGACUACGGUCCCAACUGCGGGCAGUGGAGGACCGGCCAUGGAGGUGAACUGUGAGGAGUUGGAGAAAGUACUUGUCGGAUCUGACCUUGAGAGGUUUUUUCAAAUUGGUUCGGAAUUACCGCCCCAGGAGAAGUCAGCACUGAUUGCCUUUCUCAGACAGAAUGUAGAUGUGCUUGCUUGGGACCCCUAUGAGGCCCCCGGGGUCGAUCCAGAUUUCAUCUGCCACCACCUUAAUGUGAACUCGGCUAUAACACCUAAGAGACAGGCUCCUCGACGACCGUCGAAAGAACAUACCGAUGCCAUGAGGGAAGAGGUCGCAAGAUUGAAGAAAGCAGGGACUAUCAAAGAGGUCUUCUAUCCCGAGUUGUUAGCCAACACGGUGGUGGUAAGGAAGAAGAGCGGGAAAUGGCGGGUCUACGUAGACUUCACAAACCUAAACACGGCUUGCUCUAAGGAUCCCUUCCCUAUGCCCCGGAUAGACCGGUUGGUAGAUUAA